CUAUGUGCACGAAUUGCUGUCAGGCAACAAGAAACAAGGUUUUUAGUAAAAACUGCCCGUACUUAGAUUCCUCGCAACAUCUGUCUCGUUAUUUACUAACUGUCUUUCAGUCUGAGCAGGAUGCCUGCUAAAGCUGCUGACCCGUUCAAGCCUGGAGAUCUUGUCUUCGCCAAGAUGAGAGGCUUCCCUUACUGGCCAGCCAGGAUAUGCAAGGCUCAAGAAGGGCCCAAAAAGAAGAUUCCUGUGUUUUUCUUUGGAACCCACCAGACUGCCGCCCUGCCCCUGGUCAACAUCGUGCCCUACCAGGGCAACAAGGCCAGGCUGGGCCAGGGGGGCAGGAUCCGGGGCUUCACUGAGGGCAUGUGGGAGAUCGAGCACAAGCCUGGAGUAGGCAGCAAGACCAAGGGUCCAGCAGCCGGAGGGGUGAAGAGGAAGAGAGGGGAGGAGGAGGGGAGGACAGGAGAGAAACAGGCCUGCUCAUUGGAGAAGGGAGGAGGAGAGGAAGAGAAGAGGAGGAGCAGCUUGGUGGAUGAGGAGAGGAAGCAGCGUCUAGCAGAGAGGAGGAAGAGUGUGUUGAGAUCUCUUCAGGGUCUCCUGACUGCUGGCAAGACCUCCAGGAGGGACUCUAGAACACACAAAGUCCAGACCAGCUCUCAGAGGAACAGCCCAGCUGGGAGGAACGCAACAGUCAACAAACCAGGCAGAAAAAAGCUUGCUGUUCAGGAACCAGACAGCAAGAAAACAGACAGCAGGAAGCUGAAUGUUAAGAAACCAGUUGACAAAAAAAUUGAUUUGAAAAAAGCUGUCAGUAAGAAAACAAAUGCUAAGACUGAAACAGUCAGCAAGAAAACAGAAAUGGACAGUAAAAAAACUAUUCUAAAAGCAGGCAGAAAGGAGGUGAAAGGCAAGGACACUGCAGCAGCCAAUAAGAAAACAGAUAUCAAGGAGACUGCAGCAGCCAGUAAGAAAACGGAUAGCAAGGAGACUGCAGCAGCCAGUAAGAAAACGGAUAACAAGGAGACUGCAGCAGCCACUAAGAAAACGGAUAACAAGGAGACUGCAGCAGCCAGUAAGAAAACGGAUAAUAAGGAGACUGCAUCAGCCAGUAAGAAAACAGAUAACAAGGAGACUGCAGCAGCCAGUAAGAAAACAGAUAGCAAGGAGACUGCAGCAGACAGUAAGAAAACAGAUAGCAAGGAGACUGCAGUAGCCAGUAAGAAAACGGAUAAUAAGGAUGCUGCAGCAGCCAGUAAGAAAACAGAUAGCAAAGAGACUGCAGCAGAAAGUAAGAAAACAGAUAGCAAGGAGACUUCAGUAGCCAGUAAGAAAACGGAUAAUGAGGAGACUGCAGCAGCCAAUAAGAAAUCGGAUAGCAAGGAGACUUCAGCAGCCAGUAAUAAAACGGAUAACAAGGAGACUGCAGCAGCCACUAAGAAAACGGAUAACAAGGAGACUGCAGCAGCCAGUAAGAAAACAGAUAGCAAGGAGACUGCAGCAGCCAGUAAGAAAAAGGAUAACAAGGAGACUGCAGCAGCCAGUAAGAAAACGGAUAGCAAGGAGACUGCAGCAGCCAGUAAGAAAACGGAUAGUAAGGAGACUUCAGCAGCCAGUAAGAAAACAACCGGUAAACCCAUAGAGGAGGAGAGGUUGGAGGAUGGGAGAGCAGACAAGAUGGAAGAGAGAGAACCCAACCAGGCAGAAGAGGGGAGGAGGAGAGAGGAGGAAAGGCUGUCCGAGAAGAGGGCAAUCAAGGACUCACAGUCACCUCGGCCCAGUGUGUGUGUGCAGGCUCCACCCAGACUGACAGCUGUAGACUCCACUCUGCACCGACUGCAUGGAGACAUCAGGAUCUCUCUGAAGACAGACAACCCUGACAUCAGGAGGUGUGUUCUGGCUCUGAACCAGCUCAGCAUGCUGUACGUCACCUCCCAGCACGUCCAGAGACACAGUGAACUCAUCUCCACGCUACGCAAGAUGCGUCGUUUCCGUGGCAGCCAGGCCGUGAUGGACAAGUCGUCGAUGCUCUACCAUCGCUUCAAAAACGAGUUCCUGCUGGGGGAGAAAGACGAACCUCUGCCCACAGCCCUUCUGUCCUCCCUGCGGCUGGAGAGGGAGAGAGAGAGGGAGAGAGAGGAGAGGAAAGAGAAAGGGGAGGAGGGA